AUGCUUGAGGGAAGAAAGGCGGUUGAUGAAUACAGAGAGGGGCGGAGGCUUCAAUUGGAGGAGUUUUGUGGAGAACAAACUGCUGGACAUACUUGGGAGGAGGAUUGUGUUAAAGAGGAGACUCUUGAUUUGCAUUCGAUUCCGGAAAAUGACAUCAAAGAAACGAAUACAGGGACAGAAAAAGCUGAGUCAGAGGAAGGGUCGAAUGAAGAAAUAGUUGACGGUAAUCCAUGGCAGGAGCCAUCGAUCUAUCACCUCAAUCCGUGUUAUGACUUUACCUCACGGCCACCUCUGAAUCAUAGUGUCCGUCAAGCCGAUUAUGUUCUUAAGAGUUCAGAUACUUCUAAGGGCUUAAAAGGUACUUCAGGCCGUUCUUGUUCUCAAAUGAACGAUUUGGUGGGAUUUGAGUUGAAGAGCAUGGACAGUGUCAUUGGAAACCCGAAAACCCCACCAUCUGAUGUUGACGAUCCAAUUGAGGGACCGUUAGUAAAGCUUCUCGAGAUAUCUGUGGAUUCUUUGGAUCAACCCCCAACGACAUCUCCAAAACAGGCUUUGGAACCACAAGAUCCGUGUGAAAGUGCCGUCUUCCAUGCCGGUCCUUCUGAAAGUAAGAACAAAACCACAGACCACCCCAGAAGCUCCAGAAGCCUUGAUAACGACAACAAUUCCUCAAUUUCUAAAGGAAUUCCUCCUUCGAACUUUCCCCCCUCUUCUGGUCCAAAACCUGAAGAGUCAGAAGCACCUUCUUCGAUCCACAAAGCUCAGCCUCCAACUUCCCAAUCCAAAGAACCAAAGGGACCCACGUCUGCAGCGCUGUCUCGUCCGCCCACAGCUCCUUCACGUCCGACUACAGCUUACAAGAAGAGCAUCCCAGGACAGAGGAUCCGGAACAUCGUGAGCCAGUUCGACUCCAUGGCGGUGCCCUAG